ACAUCGCUGAAUUAAACCGCGUUGUUGGAGGAGGGGUUCGCGGUUCGCAAGUUUUAGCUCUUGUUCAUUUCAUUGUUGUGAAAUCCACCGUGAGGGAUUUUUAGCUAUUUCACCUGUAGGUAAAUAGCAAACUCGUAAUCCGCCGACACUAUUUUUAUAUACAGUGAAUUACCGAAGCGUCCAAUCCUUUUGUUUGGCCGUAGGGUAGCUGUUAGCUAGCCUGCUAACUUCCGUAACUGCUAACGUUAGCUCGUUUUGUGCUAACAUGUCUGGCCAAGGAGUAGUUCGCGGUCCCGCCGGGAGCAACGAUUGUCGGAUAUACGUGGGGAAUCUCCCCCCUGACAUACGUUCAAAGGACGUCGAAGACUUGUUUUACAAAUACGGAGCCAUUCGUGAUAUCGAUCUGAAAAACCGACGAGGAGGACCACCGUUUGCCUUCGUGCAGUUCGAGGACCCGAGGGAUUCUGAGGAUGCGGUUUACGGGCGUGAUGGUUAUGACUAUGAUGGCUACCGCCUGCGUGUUGAGUUUCCUAGAAGUGGAAGGGGAGGAGGUGGUGGUGGUGGUGGCGGCGACCGUGGUGGUGGUGGUGGUGGAAUGGGGCCCCCAAGAACAAGACAUGGUCCCCCCUCCAGACGCUCAGAGUACAGAGUUGUCGUGUCAGGCCUACCUCCUAGUGGAAGCUGGCAGGACCUGAAGGAUCACAUGCGAGAGGCAGGUGAUGUAUGUUAUGCUGAUGUGUACCGCGAUGGCACCGGAGUGGUGGAGUUUGUACGCAAGGAAGACAUGACCUACGCUGUCCGUAAAUUGGACAACACCAAGUUUCGCUCUCAUGAGGGAGAGACGGCCUACAUUCGUGUGAAGACGGACGGUCCUCGCAGCCCCAGCUAUGGUCGUUCCCGCUCUCGUAGCCGAAGCAAGAGCCGGUCACGCAGCUUCUCCCCACGUCGCAGCAAAGGGUCUCCACGUUACUCUCCCCGGCGUUCCCGCUCUCGCUCUCGCUCCCGCACCUAGAUUCACCUUCAAUAAAGCAAUGGUGUGCCUCAGAGCCGGAGAAGAAAUCCUCACAAAUCCUAUAUAUUCACCACGGAUCAUCUCGUGUGUUACCUGUUUACACUGUCUUUGUAUGUUCACUAUUGCGCCACUUUUUUUGUUGCAGUUUUCUUUUCUUUUUUUUUUAGUUUUCAUACUUACUGACUGGAUGAGUCUGCGCUGUGUACCUCACUGUGUUUCACUCUUGCCAUUCUUCCUUUUUUUUUUCUCCCCCCAUUCUCAUCAACUUCUGCUAGCCAUCUCUGCCGCUUGUACACUUUUCCUUCUACUGAUUGUCCCUGUAUGCUUUAUGUUUUGUUUCGUUUGGAAACAUUUUUACUUUUUAAGCAUAUACUACUGUCCUUUUGACCUUCUUGUGUGUCUCUCUGUAGAGUUCAGAGGAACAGGAUAGGAUGGGAAGAGAGGAAACAGUUCAUAUUAAGAUAAACAGGAGGAGGAGGAGUCAAAUAUGGCACCAAUGGUAUGAUGGCUGUGCCUUGUCCACUGUGAAAUCUGCAUUAUAAGGAUGUUAAGUUUUUUUUUUUUUUUUUUUUUUUUUUUUUUUUUUUUUAAUACACUUGACAAUAGAGUGCCAGUGUUCAAUGUUUUCAGUUUAUAUUUGGAGACCCAAAGCUUGUGUUAUCUUUGGUUUUUGGUUUUGAUUAUCUUUUAGUGUCCAAAGUACAUCUUUUUGGGAUUGAUUAUAGAUGGUAUCCCUGUUUUUCUCAAAGUAAACCCCCUCGUAGAUUCAUUUAUUGACAUUUUCUUUAAUUCUUUUCUGAAGGUGUGAUUCUAACUUGCCUCCUUCUCUUUGGUUCUGCUGGUAUUCUGAAGGUUUGGACUGGGCUCAUUGUCUCACCAUUCCGGAGCCGGAUCAGGAUUCAGGAUCAGAUCAGGAUUAGGAUUAGGCUUCAGGAUGGAUACAUGGAACAGGAGUAUGGGAACAUUUUUUACCGAGAGAGGAUCACGAGGAUCCCUGUCCACAUAACCCCAUCAAACCGGAAACAUUGUAGUAGAAAUAUUUAAACUAAAUUGGCUUUCAAAUAAUCCAAAUUAAUUUUUUUCCAUUUUGUGUUGGACGUCAGACACAAUUUCUGAUGCCACUGCGACAAAUGAUUAUUUUUCAGAUUUUUUUUUUAGUUUAUAAAAAAGAAGAGCAAAGCUGGGCUCAAAACCAGGAGGAGGGCUGGGAGGUGCAGGAUGGAUCCACACGCGUAUGGAGAGUGGUAAAUAGUGGGCAACCAUUAACAGUGGAGGAGGGAGGGAAGAGGGGAGGACUGGGAGGCGACAAGGGAAUGUGACCUUUAAUGUGGUUUAUAUUUUUUUUUCUUAGGUCAGUCAUUUCCUGAGGAGGAUGAUUUCUGAUUUUUUUUUUUUUAAGUAUAAUAUCCACUAUCUCAAAGCUUUAUUCUCUUUUAAUAAAACUUUUAAUAACA